AGAAAAAAGCGAAUCAGUUAACAGUUGUCACUUGCCCAAUCUUCGAACACGAUUUUGGAUUUUCUAAUCUGAGACUGAGAUGAGUAGCAGCACCACCAUGACUUUGUCACCGGCGAUCGCUGCCGCCGUUAGUCCUCCGUCCUCUCACGACUAUCUCUCCUCUUCCGCCACUAUAGCUACCACCACCACACCCACCCCCAUCUCUCUCAAAUCUUGCAUCCUCGCACCUCUCUCGCUCAUUACUCCCCAGUCUCGAAUCACACGCUCAACCUCAAGAAAAACUCCUCGAAUCACGAUUCGAUGCGGUGUCGCUACAAAAUCCGCUGAUUCGGUGAACUUAGACGCGUCAUCAUCGGAGGAAGAUAUCGAAGCGGCGGAGGCGAAGGCGAAGAUAGGAUCUAGGGUUAGAGUAACGGCUCCGUUGAAGGUUUAUCAUGUGAAUCGAGUACCAGAGGUUGAUUUGGAAGGUAUGGAAGGUAAACUCAAAGAUUACGUCUCUGUUUGGAAAGGGAAACGAGUCUCAGCUAAUCUUCCCUAUAAGGUUGAGUUCUUUAUAGAGAUUGAAGGUCGUGGUCCUGUUAAAUUUGUCUCUCACCUUAAAGAUGACGAGUUCGAGUUCAUGGAUCAGUGAUUGAAACGAUCAGGCAUAGAUUAUUUUUUUCUCCUUUCUCAGUGUUUGUUUUUUGUUGUGUUUACUGGAGAUCUGGGAAUGGAGAAGGAUUUGUAUGUAGUGAUGUGUAUACCCUUUAGCAAAUCAUAUACAUAAGGUUUCUUCACUCUACAUUUGGCUU